UUUCCAUGUUUUGCGCUUGUCAAAAGAGAGUUGGCGAACUUUUGUUAACCUUUUGGCCGACAGUAACUGGGCAAGCGGCAAUCAGAAAUAACACUUUUCAACUAGCAGUUGCCAUCGUUUGCGACGUAUUGUAGAACCGGCUUAAUUCUUCGUGCAUGUGUGUGAAAAUGUGUAUUUUAAAUUCUGUGCAUUUUCUGACCCUUUAAAUAUUUUUCAGGGCACGCGCAAUAUUAUACAUAAGUAGAAUGUCGUCGCAAACUAUAUAGAUUGUUUAACGUGGACUUUAAUAUAGUCUCUAUACCGUCCUACAUUUGGCGUAAAGCCCGUUUUACCUUUUACCUCCGUGUCUCUCACUCGCGCCGCGCCGCACACACCAUGCACAGUAGCCGCGCGCAACGCGGCUCGCCGUCGCGAGAGGAAAGGAUGACUCUCCAGCGGGAAAUUGCCGCGAUGCGUGUCCGAGAGGUGCGCGCGUAUACCAGCACUUUCAUUGUUCUUCGAUGUCUCGGCGCGAAGAGGCGCGAGCGAUUUCGCGUGCGUUACCACGGCCACCAGCUUGACGUACCCUGUCGUCGUCAUCGUCAUCGUCGUCGUCGUCGUCGAGCGACGGGAGCGAGCCGAAUACUCCGUGAAAGUGAUGCAGUUCAGACAGCCGGCAAUCUGGUUAUUUAAGCUCUUGUCUAUCGGCUUCGCGUAUACCGGUAUCAGCGAUUGGGAUGCGUGCAGUGGACGAUUGGAGCGCGCUUUGGACGCACUGCACAGGGAUUCCAGUAGAAGAAACAAGUUGGACGAAGAAGAGGCCGGGACGUUGUAUCAGCGCGAACUACAUUCCGCCCCCCUGGAAAUGGCCGUCUCCCGUAUGGCCGUGAAGCUUCCGGAAAACACGAAGGAGCCCGAAGGACAAUGGGCACGAGUGGAGCAAUGCGUGUACGAUCCCGAUCGCAGUUCUCUGAGGACGCGAGUCGUGUUCAACGACCUGUCGGUGUCGGGGAUGGUGUCUCUAAUACCGCGGGAUCGUCGCGCUCCGAUCUCCGCCGAAUCCUGCAGGAUGACUUUGCGACUGAGACGCGCGGGGAUAGACUUCCUCACCAGCCCGAUCGCCCGUGGACGCGGCCAGAUGCGUAUACGCACGGAGUCCAGCUUCCUGGAGCCCAGGUUUGCGUCGAUCUACGCGUACGGCUGCCGUUCUACGCGCAUCGACAAGCAAAUCAAACGGCAGGAUAAAUGGCCACCGUAUCAUUCAGCUAGCGUCAACAAGCUAUCGCUGCCUCUUGUCGACAACGAUAAUUACGAUGCGGCGGAACCGAGACAAUUGGCGGGCAACGCCGAAGAGAUGGACAUUGUCAUACCGAACGAGAGUCGACAUCCGCGUUACUCGCACGCCCCGGGGACGAACUUCGGUAUAUGGAGGAAAAAUUCUUGGAUCACUAAAUCAUCGCCACGGCGGAGACGCUCGAUGGCGCGGUACGCGCGUACCGCGAUGGUCAUCACACCGCGGGACUUCGCGGACGCUCUGAUAAAUGGACGCAAAUCGACGGAGAGGCUUGAGAAUUUUACUAAAAUUCUCAAUCUGACCGACAAUUUCCGAAACGAAGAACCACCGCAAAAUGUGACGCGGGAGGUAAGGGAGCUCGUGGAAGACAAUCUGUUUCCUAUAGACUCGGAGGAUCCGAACAGGAGUUGGCAGUCGAAGGAGUAUAUCACGAGGGAGAUGGAAGAUGUCUUCUUGCAGGGUGCUAGCCAAGCGCUGACCAGAUACAUCGAACGCCAAUUGCAUCCGGCAAUCAAGGAGACGCUAAUGCUGUCUAUGGGUUACACCAUCAGUUACGGAUAAAAGUGAGAAGAUAUUCGGCAUGACGAUAUAUUGUAAUUAUGUAUACUUGAAGUGUUAUAGAUACGUCAGUCGCCACCAAAACGUAAAUAAAAAGUUAAAUUGCCCUUGCUCCUUUUUACGAUUGACGAUCGUUGCGAAAAUUGUUUAAAUUCGCUCUGCUGGCAUGCCUAAAAAUUUCUUAGAUUGCGCAACAAUUCCUGUAUUGUGUCGAUUAAAACUCUUAUUUGUUUCGUUUUAUUUAUAAUUCUAUGAUAAUCUUGUUUCCCAUUAUUUAUAAAUGCUUUUCGCAUUACGACGCGAUAUAAAUUAUUUUUAAUAUUAAUUAGUUACGUAUAGAACUCGGGAAUGUAAAAGCGCUUCAUUUAUUUUGUAAUGAUGUGCUCUUGAUGAUGGUUGCGAUAGAUAUGUAACGUUGCGAAAUAUCCAUUAACAUAUAACAUUAAGAAAUAUUCGGUGUACUAAUUGUGUAAUUAAAUAUAGCGUAUAUAAAUAAAGAAGAUAUGCAAAG